AUGGUCUCAAUGAGUUCAUCAAUAACCUCGCCGAGGACGUCUCUUGCUAAGUUUGUAUUGUGUCCAAAGUCAAAGCCGUUCAAGAUCAUGGUUUUAGGACAAUCGGGGGUUGGAAAGUCAGCACUGGUAGUGAGAUUCAUUACUCGUCGUUUCAUCGGCGAAUAUGAUCCCAAUUUGGAGAAAAUCUAUACUUUUCAAACAGUAAUUGAUAACGAAACGGUUUACUUUGAAAUACUCGACUCUGCCGGCGAUCCACAAAGGUGCGAAAACUUGGAGAGUCACAUAAAAUGGGCCGAAGCUUUCAUCUUGGUGUAUUCGGUGACCGACAAGUGUUCCUUUGACGAAUGUCAUCGCUUAAAAUUCUUAAUAAACUAUAACAAACGACGGCGCAGACUCGCUUCGUCAGUAAAGGACAGCAUACACGAGACCCCAGUGGUUCUUGUUGGUAACAAAGUAGAUCAAACAGGAGACCGUAUGGUGACAACUGAAGAAGGACAGCGGCGAAGUAAGGAAAUAGGCUGCGUUUGUUUUCAUGAGAUUUCAGUCCGAGAAAGCAUAGAACAGGUGUACGGGGUAUUUAGAGAUGCUCGUCGCUUUUGGAGGGUAGGUAGCAAAUACUCCAGGGGAAGAAGCGAGUCCGACAUACAGACAUCAGCUCUCGGGAGACCUCUGUCUAGAGCGGCUUCAGAUACCACAGACUCAAGCACGGUUACAGCUACAUCUCUUUGUCGUCGUUGGACAGAGUUUGAUUUAGAAGAAGAGCAGCAGCGUGAUAUUAUACGCAGCGAUUCCACUUCCUCCACUGAGGCUAUAGAUGAAUUUCGUGCUAGAGCAAGUACGGAUUCUAGGCUUCCACCGCGACCGACCAGAUCUCGUCAUCCGCCCACGAGGCCUCUUCCAAUACCAGUGAGGAGAAUGAGCGUAGCUAUGAGAGGAAAUAGCUCUAGUACAUAUUAA